CCAGUUUUGGUGACUUUGGAAGUGUUGAGCACUUUUCAAAUUCUAGGAGGAAGAAAACCAACCUUGAGAUUUUUUUACUCUUUUUUGAUUUAAGAACGGAAAAAAUGAGGACCAAAAGACUUUCUCCUGAGAAGGAAGCCUUGUACUUCAUCUCUUCAGAUCAGGACAAAGCCAUAUUUCAGGAGACAUUUAUUAACAAAGACAAAGGUUAUGGAGUUUUUGCUACUGAAGACAUUGAGCCACAACAAUUCCUGCUGGAAUAUGUUGGAACACACAUCACUGGCUCUGAAGGAGAGAACCUGCUUAAUGAGUAUUCAGAAGUAGAUGCAGCAUUUUUGUUUUUUUACAAAUUUCAAGGAAAAAGCUACUGCGUUGAUGGUAGUAAAGAUACAGCAAGACUUGGAAGAUUCAUGAAUGAUGAUAACAUCAAACCAAACAGCAAAGUUAAAAUCGUAUUGGACGAGCAAAAAAGACCACAUCUGUGUGCAUUUGCUAUCAGAAAGAUACUGGCAGGAGAAGAAGUUGUAUUUAACUAUGGGGAUGAUGCGUGCAAAUGGCGACAGAAGACUGCUGCAUCCUCUUGCAAUGAGCAGACGGAAAAGAAGGAAUCCCGAUGGAAGAGCUCACUAGAAAAUCUCGAGUCUGACCCUGACGUGACGAAAAUCGAUGGUCUUCUCUUCAAUCCAAAAACUAAGAUUGCAGAUGGAUGCAAUGGGGCAGAAGUCUUUCCAGGACUCUUUGGCAACUGCCAUGUGGCAGUGAAACGAGUUGUUAAACAUGUUGCCAACAAAGAAAUGGAAAUGGCAAAAUUACUAUGUUCAGAAAAAUUAAUGGUGAAACAUUUGUUGCAGCCCCUUGAAGUGUUGGAAGACUCAUGCUUUGCUUAUUUUGUCUCCCCUCUUUGUGAGUAUAAUCUCAGAGACCUUAUUGAAAAUAAAGAUUUUCCUGAGAGACAAAACCUGACUGAGCAGUGGAGACUGGGAAUCUGCAAGGAGUUAUUGCUGGGAUUUCAGGAACUCCACUCACACAGAAUUUUGCACAGAGAUUUGAAGCUUCAAAACAUCUUGUUUGGUGUAAACAAUAAAUUGUAUAUUGGAGACUUUGGGGCAAGCGGAAAACUAGAUCCAACAAAAUCCACCACUUCUUCACAAAUAUCUGUAACUUUGUCCUGGUUGAGUUACGAGCAAGCUCAAGAACACAAGUACAAGAAAGAGUCAGAAGUCCAAAUCACUGGAUGCUUGAUGCAUUACAUCCUCACAGAUGGUCAACAUCCCUUUCAACAAACAACACCAUACUACAAGAAUGCCUUUGGGAUAUAUGAAAAUGUCAAAAAUGGCAAUUUCAAUCUUCACUGUAAGGAAAGAUGGAGCAGCCAAAGAGAUAUGAUUUCCCGGAUGCUGAGUAGAUCACUCGAAGAACGUCCCACCAUUGAAGAAGCUCUUCAGGCAUUCAUGUGUUUGGCACAUCAACCUGAUUAUUAUACUGCAACUGUGACAAUCGCACCUCUCGGGUGCCACACAACCAUGAACAACGGUGGAUGUGAGAAUCAAAAUAAAGAUGGACCGCCUUCAACAAAUUCCUGCCCUGAAACCUUUAAUGACAUGAACAUUCCAGAGAGUUUGGUCACAGAUCUGCCUGGCAUCACUGUCAGUAACCCGCUGCCUUCAUCUCUGCCGACAGAAGAGGAAUUUUCUGAGUGUGAAAUGAAUACUGAAGAACAAGUUUCCCCUACUCUGGAAAUUUCAGAUCAAGAAGUGAAUGAUGACCCACAAUCGGAGGAAGAAGAAACUACAAAAACUGAAGUAAUCCACAGAAAACCAUCUUCUAAAACUGAGCAGCACUCAAAUGGCAGUAACUCUCAACAAUGUAAGAUCACAGUAAAAAUGUCUUCAAACACUGCCCAUCAACGUAUCUAUGACAAGAAGAAUUAUUGUCUUUUCUGUGAGAAGCCUUAUGCAAAAAUUACAAGACAUCUGAAACAGAAGCAUUCAGACAAACCUGAUGUGGCCAAGGCACUCGCACACAGGAAAGGAUCAUCAUGCACUCCUUGCUAUUGGCCAAAGUAGCAAACAUGGGAAACUAUCAGCACAACUGUUCUGUCCUGACCUCUGGGGAAGGACUAAUCAUCCCAAAAAGGCAAGCAACCCGUCAAUCAGCUGGAACCAACUACCUACCUUGCAAGUUUUGUUUUGCUAUGUAUGUCAAGACAGAUCUCUGGAGGCAUUAUAAGCGUUGCAAACUCCGGUCAAAAGGAGACAUGGUCACAAGAAAAGUUCAGGCAAGUUCUUCCAUGAUGUUGCCCAUGGAUAUUGCGAUUUCCACUGGACUUCAGAGGGUUCUCCAGGACAUGUCAUAUGACAAUGUAACUCAGUUAGAAAAGGCAGACUCCCUUAUUAUUUCACUGGGUGAGAGAAUGUACCUCAGAAACGGAGAAGUUGGACGACAUCAAGCAGACAUCAGAAAUAAGAUGAGGGAACUUGCCAGACUUGUUCUGAUGGCAAGAAACAUUGACAAGGAUGUUGUUUUUUUGAAGGACUUGAUCUGUCCAGGAAAAUUCAACACAGUCCUUGAGGCUGUAAAACAGAUGACUGGGUUUAAUGAGUUGUCCAACAGAUUCAAAGUGCCUUCCACAGCACUAAAACUGCGGCAUUCUCUUGUGAAAGUGUCACAUAUUUUGCAAGGAGAGGCACUGCGUCAACAGAAUGUUGAUUUAAAAUCAAAAGCAGAGUAAUUCAACAAGUUAAUUGAACUAGAAUGGACAACACAUGUAUCAUCCAAUGCCCUGAAAACGCUUUACCAGAAAAAAUGGAAUAUGCCACAAAUACUGCCUUUGUCAGA